AUCUUGUGAUUGACAACUGGACCUGCCAGCGCCGUGGCCAAUCCUUCUUCAUCUCCGGUUCCAUGGAAGAAAAAGACCGCGUCCCACUCAAAGCCGGCAUCAAACACCAUAUCCUCGUCGAGUUCUGCAACGUCCGUGCCCCAGCAGACGGUGAUGAAGAUGAGAUGGUGAUGGACAGUAACCUUGGUGUUCGACUCGGAGGUGCAGAAGUCAUCGAUUAGGAUGUAAAGAUGGUGGAGGCGGUGGAGAUUGCCAAGAAGGCUGAUGUUGUUCUUGCUAUUGUGGGUUUGAAUGCGGAUUGGGAGACGGAGGGGUAUGAUCGGAAGAUGUUGGGGUUUCCUGGACGGACGGAGGAGUUGAUUGAGAAGGUGCUUGCGGUGAGUCCCAAUACUGUCGUCGUGACCCAAUCCGCGAGUACUUUUGAGAUGGGGCGUUUUGGCCGAAAGAACAGAUUGUGUGGUUAUGCUAGGGUUCGUCGAUAACACUUCCGUGGGCUGAUUCAGUCACUGCUAUCCUUCAUUCGUGGUACUUGGGUGACGCGACGAGCGAUGCGAUUGCGGAUGUUCUGUUCGGCAAGAAAACCCCAUCGAGCAAGUUGUCCUUGACGUCCCCAAGAAACUGGAAGAUGUUUCUGGCUACGAACACUUCCACUCUGAGAAUGGCGUCCACCGUCAUGGCGAGGAUUUGUUUGUUGUGAGUCUAUUUUGUGUUCAAGUCCUUUGACAGGGUUACAAGCACUUCCAUCAGAGGCAUCAAACUACAGCUUUCGUUUGGGUGAGGGGACAGAAUCCAGCAGAUUGACUGAUGGGGCGUCGAUAGUCACGGCCUCUCAUGCACCACCUUCUCUUACUCGGACC